AUGUUUGAUAUCUUAAAAAAUCCUUUUAAAGACCUUGAAACCGAAUAUGUACGUCUUAAUACUUUAGAACGGUUAGGUGUUUAUAUCAAGCCUGUUGAAAUUUCUAUAGGAAAUCGAUUAAAAAAUGUUAUUAAAAAUGGAAAUACAUUUAUGCAAGGAAAUAUAAUUUGUAGUUAUUUACAGAGUGAAAUUUGGAAAGAAAAGUGUAGUAAAAAUCCAAAUAAACUCUUAAUACCUUUUUUUUUAUACUUUGAUGAUUAUGAAACCAAUAAUGCUUUGGGGUCCCAUGCUGGUAAAAAGAAAUUAGGAGCAGUAUACAUAUCUUUUGGUUCUUGUUUUCCUUCUGAAUUUUCUUCUUCAUUAAAUUAUAUAUUUCUUGCAUUAUUAUUUAAUUCCAUUGAUAGGAAAGAAUUGGGAAAUAAAAUUAUUUUUAAAGAGUUGAUUUCAGAAAUCAAUUUUUUACAAAAUAAUGGAAUUGAUGUUCAGAUCGAAAAUAAUAAUUAUACUAUUUAUUUCUCCUUAGCAUUAAUUCUUGGCGAUAAUCUUGGCCUACAUUCGAUUCUAGGAUAUACUGAAAGUUUUAUGGCCAAUUUUCCUUGCAGAUUCUGUAAAUGUAGUAAACUCGAAUGCAACUACUCUUUAAAGCAAGAUAACAAUAAAUUAAGAAACAAAGAAAAUUAUUCUCGAGAUUUAUCUAUUGAUAAUUUGUCGUUGACAGGUAUUUAUGAGGCAUGUGUUUGGAAUGAAAUUGGUGGUUUUCAUGCAACUGAUAAUUAUUCUGUUGUCAUAAUGCACGAUAUACUAGAAGGGGUGUGUUCAUAUGAUAUUUCUGAAAUAUUGUUUGAAUUUAUUAUAAAUUUAAAGUAUUUUUCGCUGAGUACAUUAAAUAGUCGAAUUCAGUAUUUUGACUAUGGUCCAAUUGAAGGACAAAACAGACCACAAUAUAUUACUAGUGAUCAUUUAAAAAAAAAAUAA